AUGACACAAGAUAGCAAUAGCAGUCGUCGCGACUGGCGGGACAUGUUUGCAGUGCCACCGGUCGUCAGACAAGUGUUUGCAAAGUUCCCUCUAUCGACAUACGAAGUCAAUGCGCUACCGACGCGCUCGCCAACACACAGAGACCAACACACUCUCUACACAUGGACGACAGAAACAGAGGCCGGCGCAAACAAGGCCUCAUUCAAUCCAACGUGUCUGAAGUGGCAGACAUACCUCUUGUUCCAAGGCAUCCCGUUCCGCAGCCAACCCUCCAACAACCACGCCUCGCCCUCGGGCUCCCUCCCCUUCCUCCUACCAGCAAAUACGCCCCUCCCUAUCGCAUCCAGUAAACUCGAGCACUGGGCCGAUGCACGCAGUACAAGUAAAAGCCCUUCUUCUGAUACACAAUCUUCGCGCCAAGAUGUGUAUACAUCGCUACUCGAACACGCCGUGCGAAGAGCAUGGCUCUACCUCCUCUACCUCGACCCCGACAACUUCGACCACGUCGCCAAAAAGCUAUACGUCACUCCCUCAUCUACCAGUACCUUUGUUGCUCUGGCCAUCUCAUACCAAUUGCGCGAUGCCGCUACUCAAGAGCUGUUGAAGACCACACCUGCUGUAAAAGCACAGGAUAUUUCGGACGAGGCUGUUGAUGCAUUUUCCGCUCUGUCGACUUUGCUGGGUGGGGACAACUGGUUCUUUGGACAAGGGACACCUACGCUGUUUGAUGCGAGUGUGUUUGCAUACACUCAUCUGUUGCUGGACGAGGACAUGGGCUGGAGGAAUAAUCCUCUGGCUGAGCGACUGGCUACUUUCCAGAAUCUGGUCAAUCAUCGUAAUCGCAUCUUGAGCGAUUACUACUCAUCAUGA